AUGCUAAAACUAACCUUUUUGAUCAUACUGUGCGACAUUAUACCUUCUUCGUUAGCUGAUGCUAAUUCUUGCGGAAAACUUGUGCAUUGUACUAUUAAACGAUGCUUCUCUACAGAAAAAACCGAGACAGCAAUGCAUACGAUGAGUGCUGUUGGCAUGUUUUCAGCAAUGGUUGAUCAAUUCAGUUUUGUUUGCCUUGCAACAAAAUGCCAUGAUGCAUGCACUGCAUGCGAGCAAUGCAAUUAUGCCUUGGAUCAGAUAUCUAAAAUUACCUCUGGUGUUAAAACAAAAAUGGAAUGUCCAAAAAUUGAAACUUGUUUGGAGCAAUGUUUCAUAGAAGAUGCGCUUCACAUGAAUUCGUGCGCAAGAAAACGAUGCAAUGUUUACUGCUACGAUGAUGAUUGCCCGUAUUGUGUUUAUGUUGCAAAAAGGAUAUUUCUAAGAAUUUGUCGUGAAAAUAACAUUCCAAAAUUACCAAAUGUUAAUUUUAAUGGUAGUUGUAUGGAUUUAUUUAAUUAUGUACUUAAAGAGUACUCUGCUGGUCGUAGAACAUAA